AUGCUUCGCAAGGCUUUAGCAACUUUGCCAAGGACGUUGAACGAUACCUACGCUCGUAUUCUUUGCAACAUCGAUGAAGACUAUCAGCAAUACGCCUUGCAUAUUCUGCAGUGGUUGGCUUUCUCUGCGCGGCCAAUGCAUCUCAAAGAAAUUUGCGAAGUUGUUGCCAUUGACGUCAACGAAAACCCCCAAUUUGAUCCCCAAAGGCGGCUUCGGGAUCCACAAGACGUAGUAGAAAUAUGCUCUAGUUUAAUCACAGUGACACAUAGGUCAUCAGGCAGUACCGAACUUGACCAGAAAUCCCCGGAAUACUACGGUUGCUUUAUUAUACUAGCCCACUUCUCUGUCAAAGAGUAUCUAACCUCAGACAUCAUUCGUCAAGGACAGGCUGUCCAAUACAGUCUUCAGGAGAUAGACUGCCAUGUGUCUUUAGCCAAAGACUGCCUUGCAUACCUCCUUCAUUUCGAUGAAGUAAGCGCUCUACCAUCUGGAGUCUUCAUAGAGUAUCCGCUUGCUCUAUAUGUAGCGAAAAAUUGGACCAAACAUGCUCGAGUGGCCGAGAAAAGAGAUCACACACUUUGUCAAGACUUUUUCCUAACAAAGGGAGAAGCUUUCAACAACUGGAUCCGACUAAAAUUAUUCCAUUUGACGACGCCGGCAGAAAUGCUUCCUUCUCGGCUGAAUUACGCAGCGUCAGCUGGACUAUGCGAGUCAGUGAGACUGCACCUUGAUAAGGGAGCUGAUAUCAACGCUAAAGGCGGGCCGUACGACUAUACCUUAAGGGGGGCCUCGCGGGGAGAAUGUCCUGAGAUGGUACGAUUCCUCCUAGAGAAAGACGUUCACGUGACCAUCCCAUAUUCCUGGCACGGUAAUGCCCUACAGAUAGCCUCGUCUCGUGGCCAUAUAGAGAUGGUGCAAAUGCUCCUCGAAAAAGGAGCUGACGCUAACGCUCAAGGUGGAAAGGAUGGAAGUGCUUUGUUUGAAGCCUCAUAUUCGGGCCAUGUUGAGAUAGUGCAAAUGCUCCUUAAGGAGGGGGCUGACGUCAAUGCACGAGGCGAAAUUCGGUUUCUCUCUGGUACUGCACUGGAAGCGGCAGUUGAGACCCACAACGAAGAGGUAGCGCGGCUUCUCAUUGAGAACGGAGCAGAUGUCAAUAGGGUGGACGGUCCAGGCAGGGAUCCACUUGAACUUGCUCCUUAUAAAGGGUUCCACAGAUUAGUGGAGCUUAUACUUGACAAGGAUGUCGUUGUUGAAGUCCAGAGUGAGAGAUAUAGCCGAGCACUGGCAGAGGCUUCGAGAGGACGCCAACAAGAAAUGGUCCAGAUACUGCUCGACAACGGUACCAUCAUCAACGCUCAAGCGAUGGAAGCCGCGCUAUAUGAAGAAAGCGCAAAUAGCCUGCAGAUGCUACUUGAUCCCGGAAGUGAUAGGAUUGACAGGGUAGAGCUUGCUGCCAUCAUGCAUCUGCUCAAAAUGACGUCGCAAAACUUGAAUUGCUCCUCAACCACUGGAAAGAAAGGCAAUUCAAGUGCAGUCCCCUGGCUUCUGAAAGAAGGUCAUGAUCCAAAUCUUCCAGAUCGAGAUGGUUGGACACCUCUGCAUUGGGCCGCCAAAACCGGAAAUGCGGAGACAAUUGCGAUUUUGGAACACGCCGGUGCUAAAUUCAGUAUUGAAUUCAUUAUGGGCUGGACACCCGAUGAUGUGGCUGUGUUCCAUGACCACAAGAUAUCUUGGAAGACCAAGACUGCUUUGGGUUGCGGUGUCCAAACAUCAGAACCCACACAAGAAGAAGACAAAAGUACCGCAAGCCUCAAAGCAGACGCAAGAGAUGUGGGGAGGCAGGCUUUUCCUAACAUAUCUCAAAUACUUGAACGUUGUUGUGGCUGCAACUUGAAAUACUGUGGACUAAAGCACAAAUGCAUGACCUGCCGAGAUUCUGGAGAGCUCUUCAACUACUGCUUCAAGUGCAAGCAGUCAUCAAAAGAUACCCAUCCCGGUCAUAUUUUCAUCGAAUCUCCUGCUAUUGAACUUAUGGCGUAG